AUGAGUGGACGGUUGAAUGGGGUUCAAGCAUUGUUUCGUGAAGAAGUACCUCAAGCCAUUUAUGUGCACUGUUAUAACCAUAGACUUAAUCUCAUUAUAUCCGAUGUUUGUAAAAAUGUAACAAAUGUAAAAAUGUUUUUUGGUAUAGUGGAGAAUUUAUAUAUAUUUGUAUCCGGUUCUUCUGUACAUGCAAAAUUUGUUAAAAUUCAAAAAGAUAUGAAAUACAAAUCUAUUAUUGAGCUAAAAAGAGUAUGCUUGACCCGAUGGACGGCACAGGUAUUUGCUUGUGUUUCAUUAAAGAAAGUAUUGAGCCCUCUUCUGGUUUUAUUAAACAAUUUAAUUAAUGAAAAAAGUGAUAGAGCAGCUGAGUCAAAAGGAUUACUUCAUUUGAUAGAUUUCAACUUCAUCUUUAAUUUGGUUAUGUUCUGUUAUAUAUUAGGACUAUUUAAAAAUACAAGUGACUAUUUACAGAAUGUAAAUGCAGAAAUGGCUGAAAGUUUAACUUUAAUUUCAUCAAUAAAAACUGUUUUUCAAAGUAUGAGAGAUGAUGACUCGGAAAUUAAUGUCACUUUCAAUAAACUUUAUAUUGAAGCUACUAAUAUUAGUAAAGAAAACAAUAUAACAAUACCUACUCAAGAUUCAAAUAAGAACAAUAGAACAAAAAAAAUCCCAGAAAAGUUUCGGCAGUUUAUUCUUACAGAAGAAAGUUUUUUAGAAAAACAGAAAUUCAUUUCAAAGUCUGAUUUGAAACUUAAUUUAUUUUUACCAACAUUAGAUUACAUAAUUAAUGAACUUGACAAACGAUUUACAAAUAAUACAAAUAUACUAUCUUCCAUAUCUUAUUUGCAUCCACAAAAUGAAAAUUUUUUAAAUUAUGAACAAUUAAAACCUUUGGCCCUUCACUACAAUAUAGAUUUAAAAAUGUUCCAUAUCCAGCGCAGCAUGUGA